CUCUCUCUCUCUCGCUGCACAGAACACUAGCGAUGUACCACACCAUUUUCUCUCCUAAAAAUCUCAACUUAGCCAAAAAUACACUGAAAAAACUCCCAAACCCAAAAUUCCAAUUUUACCCCUCUCACCAUCAAACCCUCCACAAUAUCAAACCCUCUUCUCUUUCUCAUUCAAUCUCCCAACAAACCCAUUUCUUCAAAUCCCCAUUUUCCUCCCUUUUCCCAAUUUAUAUAAAAAGCCCAUCUUUUUUCAGACACUUCGCGUCUCUUCAGCCCCCCUCGGACGGUUCUCCCGAAUGGACCGGUGACAUCACCUAUUUGGAUGAAUCCGGCGAUGUGAUCUUCUCUGGGAAAGGUAUCCGCUCCGUCGAUCCCGGCCUUGAUGACCAUGUUAUGGUUGGCGGGCUCAAGAAGCCGUUCUCAAGUGCGUCUGCCAUCGCGAAGAUCGUCGAGGUCGUUGGGAGGUGGAAGUGGGGCCCGGAGAUGGAGAACCAAUUGGACAGGCUCCAUUUUGUCCCGAACAUGUCCCACAUAAACCGAGCAUUGCAAGAAAUCAGAGAGGUUGAAGCAUUGAUGGGGUUGUUCGGGUGGGCCAAGAGGCAAUCUUGGUAUGACCCAGUUGACCAAAUCUAUGUUCUACUUUUCGACCGUUUGAAUCAGAAUGGAGAUUUCGAUCGAAUUCAGACUCUAUUCGAUGAUAUGAUCAGAGAUUAUGGUAGUCGGAAUCUAUCUGGACCAUUCGUGGCAUACAACCGUGUCAUUCAGCAUUUGGCCAGAGCUGGGAAAUUGGAGGUCUCGUUUUGUUGUUUCAAGAAAAUCAAAGAUUCGGGCUGUAAAAUUGACACGCAGACUUAUAAUUCGCUUAUAACAUUGUUCUUGAAUAAGGGUCUUCCUUAUAAGGCAUUUGAGAUAUAUGAGGCCAUGGAAGAAUCUGCGUGUAGAUUGGAUGAUUCGACCUAUGAGUUGAUGAUACCAAGCCUUGCAAAAUCUGGACGCCUUGAUGCCGCUUUCAAGCUCUUCGGGGAGAUGAAGGACACAGGCCUUCGCCCGAGCUUCGCCAUCUUUGCCUCCCUGGUUGAUUCGAUGGGGAAAGCUGGGAGGUUAGAUACGUCAAUGAAGGUGUACAUGGAAAUGCAGGCAUCUGGGCUCAGGCCAUCGGCAACCAUGUACGUCUCUUUGGUAGAGUCGUUUGUUAGGGCGGGGAAGCUUGAUACUGCGGUGAGGCUUUGGGACGAGAUGAAGAAGUCUGGCUUUAGGCCUAACUUUGGGUUGUAUACGAUGAUUGUUGAAUCUCAUGCAAAGUCGGGGAAGCUUGAAGUUGCGAUGUCGGUUUUCUCCGAUAUGGAGAAGGCGGGAUUUUUGCCAACCCCUUCCACAUAUUCCUGUCUCCUUGAGAUGCAUGCUGCAUCCGGUCAAGUUGAUUCUGCCAUGAAGCUUUACAAUUCAAUGACUAAUGCAGGUUUGAGGCCUGGUUUGAGCACGUACACAUCGCUGUUGACAGUUCUUGCAAAUAAGAAGCUUGUGGAUGUUGCAGCCAAGAUUUUGCUUGAGAUGAAGGCUGUGGGAUUUCCUGUCGAUGUGAAUGCUAGUGAUGUUCUGAUGAUUUAUAUCAAGGAUGGGUCUGUUGAUCUUGCUUUGAGGUGGCUACGUUUCAUGGGUGCAUCAGGGAUUAGGACAAACAACUUCAUCAUCAGGCAGCUGUUUGAGUCAUGCAUGAAAAAUGGGCUGUAUGAGUCUGCUAAGCCCCUUCUUGAGAUUUAUGUGGGGUCUGCAGCCAAGGUCGAUCUUAUACUCUACACAUCGAUCCUGGCCCAUCUUGUGAGAUGCCAGGAGGAGCAGAACGAGAGGCAUAUAAUGUCAAUUUUGAAUGUGACGAAGCAUAAGGCUCACUCGUUCAUGUGUGGGCUUUUUACUGGUCCAGAACAACGGAAGAAGCCAGUUCUAUCUUUCGUAAGGGAAUUCUUUCAGGGCAUUGAUUACGAGAUGGAGGAAGGUGCUACCAGAUACUUUGUUAAUGUGCUACUUAACUACCUUGUCCUCAUGGGGCAGAUAAACCGGGCCCGUUGUGUGUGGAAAGUUGCAUAUGAGAAUAAGCUUUUCCCCAAGGCCAUAGUCUUUGAUCAGCAUAUCGCAUGGUCCCUGGAUGUCCGAAGCUUAUCUGUUGGGGCUGCACUUAUUGCUGUUAUACACACCCUCCAUAGGUUUCGGAAGAGGAUGUUGUAUUAUGGUGUUGUCCCUAGACGGAUAAAACUAGUUACGGGGCCAACUUUGAAGAUCGUCGUUGCGCAGAUUCUAAGUUCAGUAGAGUCUCCAUUUGAGGUUAGUAAGGUCGUUUUGAGGAGCCCGGGAGAUUCUGUUUUGGAGUGGUUUAAGAAACCGAUUGUUCAGCAAUUCCUUCUAAAUGAGAUUCCAUCACGGGCUGACAUCCUCAUGCACAAGCUUAAUACUCUUUUUCCUAGUUCUGCCCCUGAAAUUAGGUCCCUUUCUCCUCCUAAACCACUGGUUUUGUCAAAGGUAACUUGAUGAUAUGAAAAUAGAAGAAGAUUAUAUAUAUGCUUUGUAUGGUAAAAAUAGAAAUGAAAAAUUCUUCAUGAUUUUAAUCUCAUUUAAAUUUUCUGUCC